CGAGAGCAGACAAACCCAUCAAAAGUUUGCACGGACCUUCGAGUCAUGCGAACAAUGAGGACUGCAAGCCAUUUCCUUUCAGCUUUUCAAGGGUUGGUGGGCUUGGUUGGUUGUCCCAAUUGUUUUCUCCAUUCAUUGAGUUACCGAACCGGAUAAACCUGCAGCAGAGAGACUCUUGUUGUCUCUAUUCUCAAAACUCGGCCAUUGAGUGUCAAGGAUGGCGUUGAGCUUCUUUGCUUUUUCCAAGACCAAGACUACAUACGUAACCCAGUAAAGCAUCGUGGCCACCCUCCAGAACUGCAGCCUCAUUUCGAGUCUCCCUAGUCGAGGUACAGGAUGGUACUGUACCUACAUACAAACGGUAAAUCCGCCGCCCGUCAACGGUGCAUCCGACGAACUUCGGGGUUUCUUCACCAUCGCUGCAAGUGGCAUUUCGUGUCCCUCCUAGCCUUGAGCUUUUGUGUGAUGGGGUUGGAAUAUACCUUGCAAAGAACCUUGUCUCAGGUGCAUAAGCCUCCGUGACGAGGUACUUGAGGAUGACGAUCUUUUUUCGACAACAACAUUGUCUCUCGAGUAUAUCGUUGACGAUAUCAUUUGGGGUCCAGGGAGUUCAGGAACAGCUCAAAGCCAAGUCAAAAGACCAGGACUGGACUCAAACAAUAGUCGAGCACUAAACUAACAAAUCUUUCAGCUGUGACGUCGAGUGUGGACAACCUCUGCUUGUUAAACAGCAAACAUUCAUCGCAAACCAACCAACCAACCUUGACUCGUCAAGCCCCCGGUUAAGCCCAGAGGAGAAUCUCAUUUUUCAUUUUUCAUUUUUCACUCCCUGUUUUUGUCGAGCCUCACAUACAGAUACAGAGACAACACUGUUGAGUUCCCCAUUCCCGGAUGCGCGUUGCUCCGGGGCUAUGUCCCUAGACUGGAUUCGUGCACAACCCUGGCUCACAGUUGACAGCCAUCUCUUGGUCUUUUUUCAUAUAUCUCUGUGCUGCCCGCACUUGUUCAUCUCAGCAGCAACAACUCAGUUUAUUCUCAUUCUUCAUUCUCCUCAGUGCUCUUAGGCACCAUAGAGAGAAAUCUAUAACUGCUAGGUAUCUCAGUGCCCAAGCAUCUCUUUACUUGACCAAAGUACUCUCCAACUUUGUCCAUCAUCGUCAACCUCGGUUUCUCCCUCAGAGAUUCGUGAUCUGUAUCACCAGAUCAGCAAUUGCCUCAUCUUGAGCAACUCCCAAACAUUGUACUUCUAUUCUAGUCCCUAUCUAGUCCCUAAAACCCAUAUCUGUCAGGGCCUCGGACUUGAUUACCGCGUCCGUGCCCUGUCGUCCAAGAUAUCUUCCACUACCCGCCUCUAGAUCCACUCUGGCAGUUGACGCCAAAAGACACUAUCUCAAGUUAGCGAGUUAGACCUAUCGAUGGUGGGAGACCUUCAACCCACUUACAUCACUUCUUCUGUUCCUCGACUCUGAUUUAUACGCUGUUGAGUCCCUUCGUGCACUCGCUUAAACUCUGAUCUCGAACGAUCAUCCAAUAUUCGCCUCUCCAGUGACUAUCGAUUGGUAUUAGCCAACGUUCACUGGACACGCCCUGCCUGCAUACUGCUAUCUCUCGCUUUCAACUAGAACUUUACUAUCAGGCCAAUUCGUUGCGGAGCUCGCUGCUCUUGCACCGUCAUCUCCAUGGAGCAUACUUUCUUGACUAUACAUAAUUUACAUCCGGACGCUAAUAUCCUUUACGCGUCUGAUUCCAUCUUUGAAAUUCUUGGAUACUCUCCACAGGACGUCAUCAAUAAGUCUGCUUUCGAGUUCUUUCAUCCGGAUGAAAUUCCAUAUGCGCGAUCCGUCCAUAGUCGCGGUGUCUUGCUGGACAAGGCUGCCGUCCUGCACUAUGCACGUCUUCGCUCUCGUGAUGGUCGUUGGGUAAGCAGUGAAUGCUGCUUCUCAAUCGUCCACGAUAUUAUUUUUGCUUGUAUAAGUAUCUACCGGCGUGAUGCCAAGAGUGAGAGUAUGUUCACCGCAGUUACCUUGCCCAUUUGAUAUACCCUUUUGCAUAUAUUAAUUUAAUGUAGGACGUGCUCUGGACGCACCACAAGUCCGGCGUCUCUUCUCACGCUCCCCUCGAGACCCACGAUAUCACAUGUUACAACAUCUGUCCCCCAAGUUCAGGUUGCCACCUGUAGAGCGUGAACCCCGAGCUGCUCUUAUCCUUAAUCGGUUUACUAGAACAUUGACUAUUAUGUUUGCAACCGAUGCUGUCGCCUCCAUCCUCGGGGUUCCUGCCGACCAAGUCCAGCAUAAAAGCUUCUACGAAUGCAUUCGAGAGACCUGCUUGGAUGAUGCACUCAAGUGCAUUGAGAGUGCAAAAGCCAAUGAUUCCAUUGCUUACUUGCGAUUCUGGUCCCGAGAUCCACGACGACCCGAAGACUUCGAGGAAGAAGAGAGCAAUGUCGAUGAAGAGUCGACAAUUGAUGGAGUUAAUGGGCGAAAUGAAAGCGAGGGGCCUCGUCACCUUAGAAACGGCACCACCAACAGCCCGUACCCAGACCAGAAUGGAUCUGGAAGCGGCUUGAUGGCUCCGAACCAGCAACGACGUGCCGAGAGCCGCCGCUCCAGCGAUUCUGAGGGAGGUGGUGUUAAGCUCGAUGGUGCCAUGGAUCUCGAUUCGAACUCCAACGCCCACCGGGGCUCAGCAGGUCCCUCCAUCAAGGUAGAACCCGAUGUGGACAUGCAGGAUGGCAUUACUUCCAACGAAAUAUCAGGUGAAUCCCGCACUACGAGCUCCAAUGCUCUGGGCUCUAGCUCACGAGCUACUCGUUAUCAGACUCCUCUCACACCACAGUCGCCGCCACCACCUGAGGACAACGCACCCCAAGCACGCAGAUCGCGUAGCCGCCCAGCACGACAGUUGGCACCUUCUAUCGAGUUGGAAGCGGUCGUCUCAUGUACCUCUGACGGUCUUGUCGUCAUCCUCCGCCGAGCAAGACCUCAGAUUCCCAGUGUUGAGCCUCCCCAAAUUCCUUCUACCUUCGACCACGGUGUUUUCGCUGCUCCUUGGGCGCAACAACCUGUGUAUCCCCGGUAUCCUCACGAGGCUGUUCACAAUUUCCAAGCUCCAUAUGCCCCACACCAUAUGCCAUUGCGAAGCGGUAUCCAAGCUGCCGGUGGGCCGCCUAUGGAUCAGCUCAUGCAAUCCAUUAGAGAUGUUGCUGUAUUUGCUUGGGCCCUUGUGGGUAUCAACGGAAACAUAGCAUCUUAUGGUCAUGGCCAGCCGUCAGGAGAGGCUCAACCUCCCGACGGUCUUCCCAUAUGGGACCCUGAAGCAGGAGACGCCUCAUACGAAGGGCCUUAUAACCAGGCUGCUCAGCGAUGGGCUCAAGAGGCCCAACGACAGCAGCCAUCGCUCCAUCAGCAGGACUCGGUGUCAACUGAGUUUUCGAUGGAGGGAACAGCAGACUACAGUACGGCUGGUCUGGGAUAUCAGAACCAUGCAACCAAUGGCCAUGGUAAUCCAUGGUAUUCACAACCAUCAGCUCAUCAGCGCAACCAAGAAGCAUUUGCCCAGAACAACCGUCAACACCAUCAGGAUCCUUCCAACAUGACGGCUUCUUCAGUGAACCAACAUCCAAGCCAGUGGAGCGAUGGACAGCAUUGGCUUGGAAACCCUCAAGUUCCCACCACGUCAGCCGAGGAUCACCAUAAUCCUACAAACGGAUGGCAUUAAGUGCCGUUCGAGGCAGGACCUAUUCGAAAGUAUUCUGGAGACGUAUAUCAUUGAUCAUGAAAUAUUGAACAAAGGCAAUGAGAGGGGAAGGGGUUGAAUGGUGUGUUUGUUCAUGAGCUUUGACUUUGCCUGUAACUCAAAGAGCUCAGUGGCUGUAGGCUUGUUUCUGUUUGGUCUUAACCUUGAAGAAGCUCUGAGUCGCACUGAUGUUGUAGUGAGGAGAAAUGAGAUGGCGUAGCUGGAUUCGUCAGACAAUAUGAAUUAGGAAAAACUUGGAAGGUGGUUAAUAUAUUUUGAUUUCCCUUGCUCCUCAAACAAAUGAUUCCAUU